GGUUUACCGACGACGCUGGUGAAGAUCCGCACACGAAUGUAGAUACGAUGAUACGCCUGUUUAUGAAUAUUGCGUUUGGAGUUGGCCCGCCCGUACAUCCGUUCGUUUUUCGCGUGUUCUAUUCGUGUGUUCAGAUGCUUUAUUAG